AUGUCUAAAUAAUCAAAAGAUUAGUAGAAAUUAGGAAAGUUUUAUACAUUUGAGGUGACAGCAGAGAAAUUAUAAACAGUAUAAUAAAAAGCAAGAUCAAUGUAUUUUAAACAUUUUAGAAAUGCAUUCAUUUUUGGAUUUUGCAUUGAAUUUAUGAUAAUCAAAUCAAGAAUUUGUAAAUUCCAUUUAUUUAUAUAUAUAAAGAUGAAAAUAUUGUUAGAAAAAGUACACAAAGAAGAUUAGAAUCAAAAAAAAAAGAAAAUGAUAAUCUAAAUCUAACCAAUAAUUAUACAUUACAUAAAUGAAACAUUAAUAAUAAUCUAUAUUUCUAAAUCAAUGCAACAUUUUAUUCUAAUGACAAUCCUUAAAAUAAUUGUUUUGUCUAAAUUUAGAUAUCAUUGUUACACAGUAUUAUAUAGUUUAUUAAAAUAAUUUACUUAUGAAAUCAUAAAUAUUCUCAAAAGGGUUAUUUGGGGUUGUUGCUAUAGGGUUUAGUUAUGGAAUUUAUCGAAUAUUUAGAGGGGUAGAGUGAGUAUUUGGUAUAUUUAGUUUACGAAAGCAGAGUUUCGUGAGAAUAUAAAAAAGCAAAUAAUGCAAUGUUAUAAUGCGAAUGCUGAUGGGGGGUUUGUAGAACCAUUUGAUGUAUUACAAACUUUUUCUAAAAACGAACAAGGAAUAGAAUUUCACAUAAAAUUAGUGAAAUCUCUAGCCAAGAAACCAGUGUGUCAUUAAGAAAAUAUUGAUCCUUUAAUUGAACCUUUCCAACCUGGACAGUUAGUUAUGAAGCUUGAGAAUUAUAAUCUGCUAUUGAAUAAAUAUCCUGUAAAUCCAUACCAUACAUUGUUGGUGCCAAAAUAAUUUAUUCAUUAAAGUGAGAAGUUCAGCAAAGAUUACUUAAGUUUAGCCUAUGAUGUGUUAUGCGCAGUAGAGGGAUUUGCAUUUUUUAAUUCUCAUAGUGAGGCGGGGGCUUCUUUAGAUCACAAACAUGUUUAAAUUGUGUCUAAAUUAGCAUUUCAAAGCGCAAAUAUAUUAAAUCACGUAAGAGAAUGGUGGUUUGAGAGGAGUGUGAAAUAGCCAAACAAAUUUACAAGGUUGAGGUACUUAAAAAAGAUCAAGCAUUUUAUAUUAUUUUUUAAUCAGGAUUUAUUAUAAAGCAAGAAUUGUGAUGAGUUAUAGUAAUAGAAUUUAAUUUACGAAACUUAUGAAAAGCUAUUAAAUAAGUGUAAAGUAGAGGAUAUUAAGGAUUUCAAACACAACUUAAUAAUGACUUAGGAGUUUAUGAUGAUAGUAGUUCGAAAGAAAGCAACUUAUAAUGGAGUAUCAUUUAAUGCAGUAUGUUUUACAGGGUCUUUGUUGGCUAAGAAUGAGUAGGAAUGCGAAAAAUUAAAGCAAGCGAGAAUAAUAGAAAUUCUAGAUAAUUUGGCUGAAGUUGACGAAUCUGUAUAUUCUGAUAUUGAUGAAUGUUGA